AUGGAAAAAGAGAAAGCAUUCUUCAAAAUCACAAAUACCAUAUGGAUCAUCUCAUGCAACGUGCACCAGAAGGUGAAGGAAAGAAUCAGACAACAGACUGAAAGCAGAGUCGUUUCAGAUGGCAAUAAAAGUAGCUCCUUGGUCGGAGGAGUUUACGGAAUUGCUGGUGCUGGAAAUAACAAAUCUUUCUUUUCCACUACAUGGCACAAGAACUUGAGUACAAACAGUCUGAUGCAUCUAGAGGGAGGAUUUAACGGUGGGUACCAUUAUAACGGGCGUGACAUUAUGAAAAAAGAUUAUGUCUGGACAUCCAACAAGGCGGAGAGCACAACAGUCAAUUCUACCUCCUCAACAUUGGGAGCUGCUCGAUAG